GCGCCACGUCCGCCGCCCCGCAGGUCGCAGCUCAUCCAUGAUCCGCUCAGCUCCGCCGUGCGGGCCGAACCGGGCCGGCCAGCAGAACGGCCUGCGGGAGGAAGAGGAGGAAGAGGAGGAUGAGGAGGGAGACCUGGAGGACGAGCUGGACGCGUCGCAGCUGGAGAAGUUCAUGCGGGACCGCAGGAGAGCGCGCUCGCUGCCCGCGUAUCCCGCCGCGCUGCUGGACGGCGGCAGGAAGCGGGUCAAGUUCGCGGACUCGAUGGGUCUGACUCUGGCCCGCAUCAAGCACUUCAGCGCGCAGGAGGACCCGCAGAUCCCGCCCAAGGUUCUGUCCCGGUACCAGAGCUUCCCCCCGCAGCAGGACCGCGGACCGGGCCGGCCGCGGCUGCUGGCCUGCUUCCCCGAGCCGCGGGACGCGGAGCGGCGGGUUCGGGAGCUGCGGGUCUGCCUGGAGAGGCUGGCCGUGACCCGGUUCGAGCUGCGGGGCCAGGUGCGGGUCCUGCGGGGCUGCGCCGUCAGGGAGGUCGGGGUUCGGCUCACAUACAACGACUGGCUGUCCUACGUGGACGCGCAGGCGGUGCCGGUCCCGGUGCCGGAGCAGCCCGGGUCGGAGUCGGUCCGGUUCGGCUUCAGCGUGUUCGCUCCGCCCUUCAUGGACCCGGGCGCCGCGGUCCACUUCGCCGUGUUCCUGCGCAGCGACGACGGAGAGUUCUGGGACAACAACCAGGGCCAGAACUACUCGCUCCGGUACCGGAACCAGAACCAGCCGGGCCGCCCGGACCCCGAGCCGGCCGUAGAGGCCAGUCCGUCCCUCUGAGCGGACCGGAACCAACCGGACCGGUUCUGAUCCAAAUGUCAGAAUGAAACAAAAGCAGGAAAACCUGAAGAAUCCCGGAACCGCUAAAGUCCAACAGGUCCAGACUCUGGUCUUUAUCGACCAUGCUGAAAAUCCAAGAUGGACGAUAAUCGAUCAUUUCAUUUGAUCGGAUUUAUUCGGUUUGUUUUAUCGGUUUAUCAGGUUGAAUAUCGGCUGAUUCCUGAGCAGAAACUAAAACCAGCAGCUUUUAAUCUAAACAUGGAUCCAUUAUUAUCAUGACUAGACAUUAAUAUCUGCCAAAUAUAAACUAUUUGACUAGCAGCUCAUUUCAAUCCAUUUAGAGAUUUAAUGUGUUUUUAUCACUUUGAAAAUGUUUAGAUUCCCUAAAUUAAUUUCUGGAUAAAUUCUAAAUUUCCUUCACUGUUCUGUAAACACCAUGUGAUGUAAAGAUGAAUCUCAGCUGAUCAAUAUUCAACUGAAUGAUUUUAAAACUUUCAUCAUAUUUAGCUUCAUUUAAAUGAACUUUUCCAGAUAAAAUCUAAAGCGCUAAUUUAAGAGGUUAUAAACUUUUAGUUGACUAAAACUUGAUCGAUUCAAGAAUUUAGAUAGUUUAUAGUCAUGCUCUUAUUUUGAAGGGGGAAGACUGUUUAUGCAGCAAAUGGAAAAGAAAAUUUAGCGCUUUAGCAUUAGCAUCCACUAGCUAGCUAGCAUAGCAUAGCCUCAGAUGGUUAUUGUCUAAUAAUAAUAACAAUAAUAAUCUGAUGACUCAUUUGAAUAUCUGAUCUUUUCUCCUGGUUUUAUGUUUUUAUGCUUCAGGACGUCAGUCGCUCUGAUUCGGACCACUGUGACGUCACGGGUAGGGCCCGCUCUGAUUGGUCCCUGCAGGAUGUUUUCCUUCUGCUCCAGUUUGGAGCCAAAUAUUUGGUUUAAUUUUGCACACAGAGCUGGAGGGGAGGAGGUCCGGUCCGGUUCGGCUCGGUCCGCCUCGGAUUAUGAAAAACAAACAAAGUUCUGAGUUCAGAUCCAGAGUUCGGUGCCGGUUUGACCCAGAUGACCCAAACAGCAGAACAUCGCCUCCUGCUGGUUUUCUUUAUAAUUAUUUCCUCACAUAAAGAGGAAAAAGUUCUGAUUGGACCCAGUUCCAGUCCGAAGUGGGUCCAAUGAGGUAAUCAAUGAUGAAACGUCCAGUCGGGUCCGGAUGGUCCAGAACCACGGCUCGGGUUUUAUCGGGUCGCUGCUGGGAUCCAUAGAAUCUUUAUAAAAUGAUUCUGAUCAGAAAUAAUGUGACUGAAAUUAUUUUAAAGCUUUUUAUAAAAUUAUAAACAAAAUGAUAUGAAAAUAAACGGAAUUAAAGAUU